UCCACUUCCAUUUAUCGCAAACCAUGAAGAACCUUUCUUCCUCACUCUCACCAUUCCUUGUUUUAAUCAUUGCCGUCUAUUUUAUCAAGAUCGCUUCAGCUACCUGUCACGUGGAUGAUGAAGCGGGUCUCUUGGGCUUCAAAUCGGGUAUCACCCAGGACCCGUCUGGCAUGCUCAGCACAUGGAAACCGGGUACUGAUUGUUGCAGUUGGGCGGGUAUAAAUUGCCUUUUCGAGGAUCGGGUCACAACCAUUUCUCUAUUCGGCCAACUUGAUGAAUCCAACAGCUUCUUGUCGGGUACGAUCUCUCCUUCCCUCUCAAAACUCCAGGAUCUAAACGGUAUAUACUUCCAAAAUCUAAGAAAUAUUUCGGGUCCUUUUCCGGAUAUCCUUUUCGGGUUACCCAAACUUACUUAUGUUUACAUCGAGAACAACAAGCUUUCGGGUCAAAUACCUGUGAGCAUCGGUCGGUUAACCCAACUUGAGGCACUGAGUCUUGCUGAGAAUCGGUUCACUGGACCCAUACCGAGUUCCAUCUCUAAGUUGAAUCGGUUAACUCAGCUAAACCUUGGCAAAAACCUUCUCACCGGCAAGUUCCCCGAAGGAAUCAAACAGCUUAGGAAUCUUACCUACUUGAAUUUGGAGCAAAACAAACUUUCGGGCACCAUUCCAGACAUUUUCAAAUCAUUCCCCGACCUUAGAAUUCUUUCACUUACUCGUAAUGCAUUUUCCGGGAAAAUCCCAGAGUCAGUAUCGUCUCUAGCACCGAGAUUGAUGUAUCUUGAGCUGGGCCACAAUGCUCUCUCAGGGCAAAUUCCAAGUUUUCUUGGGAAUUUCAGGGCAUUGGACACUUUAGAUAUUUCAUGGAACUCAUUCACGGGAGUAGUACCUAAAACCUUUGCAAACUUAACCAAAAUUUUCAAUCUGGACCUCUCUCACAAUUCUCUAAACGACCCUUUUCCCCAGAUGAAUGUGAAAGGGAUAGAGUCACUGGAUUUAUCGUACAACAACUUCCAUCUGAAGCAAAUCCCGAAAUGGGUCACAUCAUCUCCUAUAAUUUAUUCACUCAAGCUUGCAAAAUGUGGGAUUACAAUGAAGUUAGACAACUGGAAGCCGGCAGAAACUUACUUUUAUGACUUCAUCGAUCUAUCGGAGAAUGAAAUCUCAGGUAGUCCUGUUGCAUUAUUGAAUCGAACAGAUUUCUUGGUGGAGUUUAAGGCGGCCGGGAAUAAAUUGAAGUUUGAUUUGGGGAAAUUGAGGAUCGUUGAGACACUGAAAGAGUUGGAUAUAUCUCGGAAUUUGGUGUACGGCAAGGUCCCUACGGCGGUGAUUGAGUUGAAAAGAUUGAACGUAAGUUAUAAUCAUCUGUGCGGCCAGCUUCCCAAGACCCAAUUUCCUGUUUCUUCAGUAGUGGGAAAUGAUUGUUUGUGUGGAUCCCCGUUACCUCCAUGCAAACUGUAGUUGGCUACCAAGUGUUUGUGGAAAUGCCACUGAAGUUAUUAAUCAAUAAAAGUUUGCAGUACUGCUUUUGCAGCUAAGAUUUUGUUUUUGAUAUGUAGUACUCUUUGCUUUU